UGUAAGUUUGUUCCUUAUAAAGUUUGUUUAUCCUGUGUAAAGAAAUUAAGAUUUCUGAGAGAAGCAUAUAGAAUGAUGAGGUUUGUGAGAGAAUGACAGCUGAAUGUGUACAGACAGGAUUUCUUCACGCACCACUGGAGUGAGGAGCAGAGCGAAUAUUUCACAUUUUACUUUAAAAAGACCUAAAAAUGACCGAGUUACUUUAAAACUAUAAUCAUCAUAACUCAAUUACAGUAUAAUGCCAUUAAUGUAUUUCUGUUUCCUUAAAGAGAGCGAGAGAGAGUGUGUGUGUUUUCUGAAUUGUAUCUUUACAUCUAUGUGUGUGUGUGUGUGUGUGUGUGUGUGUGUGUGUGUGUGUGUGUGUGUAAGAGGAACUGAAACAUCAACAAUGAACUCAGAACAGAAGCUGGCAAAACCUGACACACACACACACACACACACACACACACACAGGGAGAGUUAGGAUGGAGGGUGAGUGUGUAGUUGUCGGUAAUAAUUCUGAGAUUGAACUCAGGAGGAAACUGAAAGAUUUCUUUAUGAGUCCCUGUGAGAAAUAUCGCACUCGAGGACGAAAACCAUUUAAACUCACACUCCAACUCCUCAAGAUCACCAUCAUCACUGUUCAGUUUGUGUGGUUUGGACUCAGUAAUGAGAUGAGCGUAAUCUUCAGGGAGGAAAACUUUAGUUCCUUCAAACAUCUUUUCCUGAAAAACUUCCAAGAACGAAAAGGAAUUUAUGCAGUUUACACAAAACAGGACGUACACGAACACAUCAACCAUAUCAUCAUGAGGUAUGUGACCAUGAGAAGUGUGAGUGUGGGGAAUCACGCAUUUAAGAGGGUCAAUGGCACAGACACACCACUCACACUCUGCCAGAGAUUCUACACUCAUCAUCAACAACUCUCACCUGACAACGAGACCUUCUACAUCGCUCCAAAUGUACAGACCGAGUGUGUGUACAUUUACUCCACAAAGCCGUUCAAUGUGUCUGAAUUUACUCUGGAUUUUAACAGACUUUUAUCUGUGAAUGUCCACAUGAACAUCAAUGCCAUCAAUCUGCAGACUCUUCGCCAUGAUGAACUACCCGACUGUUACAGCUUCAGUGUCAGGGUGGUGUUUGAGAACAGUGCACAGAGCGGAAGGAUGAGGGUGUAUGUACAUGGUGGUGUUGGUGUGAGUGUGUGUGCACACGCUAAAAUCUCCGGAUCCAAUGCAGUCAGUCACUUUCUGCUGAUGGUGCUGUAUGAUUUGCUGGUGGUUGUGGUGUGUGUGAUCUCUCUGGUGCUCUGCACGCGCUCAGUACAAGCUGGCAUGCGCCUCAUCAACGAGUAUGCUGCGUUCGCCAGGGUUCACAGAGGGAAGUUGUUUUCUUCAGCAGAGAGAAUGGAGUUCAUCAACGGCUGGAACAUUUUAAUUAUCAUCAGUGACACACUCACAGUUACUGCAACAUCUCUAAAGAUCUGCAUUUUGUUCAAGGUGCUGUCUAAUUACACUGUGUGCAGUACUCUGUUGGGGACAGCGACUCUGUUAGUGUGGAUUGGAGUUCUGCGCUACCUCAGAUUCUUCCAGAAAUAUAAUAUCUUGAUUCUCACCAUGAGGGCAGCACUACCCAGUGCUAUGCGCUUCUCCCUCUGUGCAGUGCUGAUUUAUCUCAGCUACUGUUUCUGUGGAUGGAUUGUUCUCGGACCUCACCAUGAAAAUUUCCGGUCUUUCCACACAGCAGCGUACUGUUUAUUGUCUAUGAUUAAUGGAGAUGAGAUCUAUGCCUCCUUCACAAAGCUGAGGGGGAGAAACACUUUGGUGUGGUUCUUCAGCAGAUUCUACAUCUACAGCUUUGUGUUCAUCUUCACCUACAUGGUGCUCAGUCUCUUUAUUGCCAUUAUUACUGACACCUACGAACUCAUCAAGAAACAGCAGCAGGAUGGAGAGGUGUUCUCUGAUUUGCAGAAGUUCAUGGCUGAGUACAGAGCAGCUCCAGCACCAAUGAAAACAGAGGCUCCCAGAUGCUCCCACAUGAACACAGAUACUUACAGAUGCUCACAAAAUCUCACAAACAAAUACAGACACUCCCAGAUGUUUACACACACUUAUACACAGGCACAGACGCUCCUACAUGAACACGGACACUCUCUGACAUUUACACACAUGAACACACAAACACAGAUGAGUGUAAACACGUACAGGCGCUCACACACUCACACAUGCUAAUAUAUGCUCACAUAACCCCACAGACACUCACACACACAAAUGCUCACACACAUUCACAGAUUUACACAGACACUCACACACAAACACACACAAUCAUACACAAACAUAAAUGCUCACACACACUCAUACACAAACACA